AUGGCUCGAAAGAUAGCCACAGUUCUGGGCCUUGUUGCCCUUGCAAGUGCACAUGCUGUAAUGGUCAUUCCCAAGCCUUGUAACUACAAGAAAGGCUUGACGAAUGGUCCUAUGUUACAAUCCGAGUUCCCGUGCAAGAAGAAUGAAGCUCCAUUUGCUGACAAUUGUACAGGAAGUAUAUGGUCUGGCGACUCACCUCAACUUCUUCAUCUUGCUUCCGCUGCUACCCACGGCGGAGGGGCCUGCUUCAUUGCCAUGACAUACGCUUCGCCCAGUUCCCAGGAUUUUGAAGAUCCCUCAAACUGGCGAAACGUGUAUACUAUCCCUGGCGAUUGUCCUGCGAGUACUGCGCUCAAUCUCGACACUGUGAACAACAAUAGCGACGACUAUCCCUCUGGAGUUCAGUGUUCGUCUUCCAACUCUAACCAGACAGAUUGUGUACACUCCUAUACUAUACCUAUGCCAGACGAAUUGAUGAAUGGCCCUGCGACUUUCGCGUGGGUCUGGCUUUCUCAUCUCACGGAUGAGACGUAUAUGAAUUGCGCUCCUAUCACUAUCACAGAAGCAAAGAACAACGGUGGAUUUGACUUACUACCAGAUCUGAAGGGUUUGAGCUUCACAGGUCUUAGUGGCGGUGGCCCCCCAGAAACUCAUACCAAGAACGAUGGCAACAAUACGCCUUCUAGCCAGACAACAGCGAUUCCCACCACGCUGACAAAAGCUUAUCUGAAUAUCACUGCCACAGCCGUUUCAGAAGUAAGCAAUGUGGGCGUCAACGAACUUGGUGCUUGGAUGAUGCAGUUACAUUUGCUCACCCUAGAAGCAUCAGGCAUCGCACCCAUUAAGGAUAUAGAGACCUGGUUCUUGGCACAUGAUCUAAUUAGGAUUACUGGUUAUAGGAAUGCAAGUAGCUUUGGUAUAGACUCUAAAUGA